AGACUCUGUAGGGGGAACAGAUUCACUUUGGUCAGGUAACCAAACAGGCGUAUCUCUGAAUAUCAACUGCUUUAUCCUAUCAAGUCGAAUUUACCACUACAAUGAGGAUGUACUUAGUGGUUCUCUUAUUGUCUUCAACCUUCUGUUAUACACAAGCUUGGCCUACACAAGAAGUAAGAAGCGCCCUUGUUUGUGAAGGAGGGAAGCAAAAAAUCAGGUGCACACAUCAAAAGAUUCAGAUCAUUUCUGCAGUCUAUGGAAGAACAGACCGCUCCGUGUGUCAGUGGGGAUUGGAUUGGACGGUUGCUUGGUUAUGGAAUGUCAACUGCCGCGCAGCUAAUACAUUAGCUAUUGUUAAAAAUGAAUGUGAAACCCUGUCCGAAUGCGAGUUGCAUGCCAACAACGCAGAAUACGGAGACCCGUGCUUCGGAACGAAGAAAUAUCUCACGGUCAAAUACAGGUGUAUCGGCCGGAUUACACCAGAUGACACCAAGAGAGCUCGCGUAUGUGAAAAUCACAAAAUGUCACUCGAAUGUCCUGAGAGACGCAAUAUCGACAUCGUAUGGGCAAACUUUGGCCGUCUCAAGGGUGCUCACAUCUGUGGUGACGGUUUCUUUGGAAUAUUUUCCUGGAACCAAGCCUGCCAGCAUCAAGUGGCUUCCAAGGCUAUUGCCAAGCAAUAUUGUCAAGACAAGGAACAUUGCCUUCUUGAUGCCACCGUCGCCAAAUUUGGGGACGCUUGCUGGGGUACCAAGAAAUAUUUAGAGGUCCGCUACAGAUGCUGCCCGAAGAAGGGUGGAUGUGACUGAAGCUCAAUCAACACCUCAAGAAAUAGCUAGACCGGUCAAAUAGGGACUUGGAGACGGGGAAAGGGACGACGGUUUUCUCUUUUGUCUGGGUUUUUGUCUUUUUCUAGUGGGAGUGGGUAAGGUAACUUUGUGAAGCAUGAUUAUCAUGUAGCCAGAAUUAGAAUAAAUAAA